CCGCCCCCGCCAAGGCGGGCCGGUCCCGGCCCGGGCUAUAAAGGCGGUAGGGCCGGGCUGGUCGGGUCUGGUCGGGCCUUCUGCUCCCCGACCUCCGUCCCCGACCCCCCUGCGACUCUUCGGCAGCUGAGCCCCGAGGAGGAAGAUGGCCGGCAAGAAAGCCCUAAUAGUGUUGGCUCAUGAGGUGAAGACUUCGUUCAACUAUGCCAUGAAAGAAGCUGCCGUCGAGGCGCUAAAGAAAAAAGGAUGGGAAGUCACAGUGUCUGACCUCUACGCCAUGAAGUUUAACCCUGUGAUCUCCAGAAAUGACAUCACAGGUAAACUGAAAGAUCCUGACAACUUUCAAUAUCCUGCUGAGUCAGUUCUGGCUUAUAAAGAAGGUCGACUGACCCCAGAUAUUGUUGCUGAACAGAAGAAACUGGAAGCUGCAGAUUUGGUGAUAUUCCAGUUCCCUCUUCAGUGGUUUGGGAUGCCCGCUAUCUUGAAGGGCUGGUUCGAACGAGUGUUCAUCGGAGAAUUCGCCUACUCCUAUGCCACCAUGUAUGACAAAGGCCCCUUUAAGAAAAAGAAGGCUGUUCUCUCCAUCACCACCGGUGGCAUGGGUUCCAUGUACUCUCUCCUAGGCAUCCAUGGGGACGUCAAUAUCCUCCUCUGGCCAAUCCAGAGUGGCAUUCUCUAUUUCUGUGGCUUCCAAGUCUUGGAGCCCCAGAUGGCCUACAGCAUUGGCCACACCCCAGCAGAUGCCCGGAUUAAAAUCCUGGAAGGAUGGAAGCAACGCUUGGGGAGCAUCUGGGAGGAGACUCCGCUGACCUUUGCUCCGAGCAGUUACUUCGAUCUGAACUUCCAGGCAGGCUUCCUGAUGAAAAAAGAGGUUCAAGAAGAGCAGAAAAACAAGAAGAUGGGGCUGUCGGUGGGUCACCACUUGGGCAAGAGUAUUCCAACCGACAACCAGGUCAAAGCCAAGAAGUAGUUUUUCUAGUAAAGAGUCAUCCCACUUGCCUUACGCUAGUCAUUUUUUUUCCAGUCUAUUUGAUAAGUGAUGUCUCAGGGUUGUUGUUGGUGUUUUUGGGGGUGGAGGUUUGGAUUCACAUGUAAAUUCUCUUUUAAAAUGAAGUAGGGAGAGUUCUCCUUCAAAACAGUAGGUCCCUCCUUCAGGACAGAAGCUCCCAUUCAGAUCCAGGCUUCUAGAGCCAGGAUUUAGGUUUUAGAGGGCUUAACAUUUAUACAUGUGUUCACAUGAGCAGAGUCACACACUUGAACUGAACAACAGGGCAUACACAAAAUGAGUCACUUUCUAAAA